CUGGAAGACAGCGUGACUCUGUGAUGUUGUAGUUCGUCUGCGUCCAGGUUUGCUCUUGCUGCUAACUCGAGGCAAAUCUCCAGGUAAACCUCGAGGUUUCCAUGGCUGUAAAACUAUAGCUUAAGAUACAAGCUAAGGCUAUUAAUUUCUUCGGGGGUCGCUGGACUCCAAACCAACUGCCCAUGGUGCAUGCCGGGUUGAUUUCCUUCGCCCCAAGACGUCAUAUGUUCACAUACAGACCGUAUCCGAUACUGAGGAAUAACGCUAUGCGAUGGGCAAUCGCAGUUGCAAUUCCAGCGAUAGGGUCAGCUCUAUAUUACACCUGUCUUGAUGGUUCUGGCAAGCGAAAAAUUAACCGCCACUUAUCGGCUGCACAACGUUUUGUGAGGUACAGUGUGCUGAAAGCUGUGCCUUAAUUAAAAGAGCUGUCUUCGUAGGAACUUGUAUUUCUUUGGACUAUAAGUGGACCUUGUUUUGGAAUGAAGAGGUGAGUCCAACUGAAAAAUCACAGUGCCAAUAUAUGGAACCUCUUCUAGAAUGGCCCUACGUACGAUCGAGAGCUUAUCAAUUGUCACCAGAGGUCUGCUGAUAGAAUUUUACGAGGGUGCCUCGCCAAUGGAGGCCUUUAUAUCAAGAUGGGACAAGGACUUGUUAGCUUAAAUCAUGUGCUCCCGAAGCAAUAUACAGAAACCCUGGAACGCUUACAUGACCAAGCCCUGGUGCGAACGGCCAAAGAGGUGGAUCGAAUAUUUCUUGAAGAUUUUGGCAAAACUCCGUCAGAAGUGUUUGCCACAUUCGACCCUGAGCCCAUUGCAGCCGCUAGUCUUGCUCAGGUUCAUCGUGCUGUCACAAAAGAUGGGGAAUAUGUUGCCGUAAAAGUACAAUAUGAAGAUCUUCGUGACCGUUUUCACGGCGAUAUUCAUACGUUAGAAUUUCUUUUGAAGUUGGUUGGAUAUGUUCAUCCGAACUUCGGCUUCGCCUGGGUUCUUCAGGAUAUGCGUCUCGUUCGUCUUCUAACUGAGCGAUGUUCACCUACUGCGUUUGUCCUCGAGAGCAAUCGCAAUUUAUACGCAUAUGAGGGGUUCCCGGAUAAUAGGUGGUCAAGUGGUGAGCCGGUUAAGGCAUUAAAGAACUAUUGCGUUCCAGCCACGCCCAGAGCUCGAGGUGGCUCAGUGGUCAAGGCGCAAACGGAGGAUUCGAAACCAACCAAGACAUCUCGACUGGUCCUGUCCAGGUUCGGAGAGCCUGGCAGUAUCUCAGCCAUCGUGCUCAUGUCGGGUGGCGUAGCAGGCCCAGCACUUAGGACUGAUGACUCCGUUCGUCAUGCAUCGGUUUUGCGUGCAGCGUCUGCUCGUCACAUGGUGCCGACAUCUUCAGGAAUCUCCAGAUCAGUCCUCAAGCCUCGACACCCACUCUAUCUGGCCGCGUUCAAUGUUCGCACUCUGAAGCAAGCAGGACAACAAGCUGCUCUUGCACUCACACUGGACUCGCUUGGCAUUGAUGUGUGCUGUGUCUCAGAAACGAGAAUUCAAGAUGCAAGCACAGUGAUUGAGUUAACCGCCCCGUCAGUCUCCACUCGCUUCCGGCUACGCACCUCUGGUGAUCCAGAGGCUGCUGCGGUGGGAUGUGCAGGGGUUGGUAUUGUGCUAAGUCACCGGGCGGAAGUAUCCUUACUUGACUGGAUACCUGUUGAUAGUCGCCUCUGUGCGGUUCGUCUGGCAACGUCUGUGAAGGAGUCUCACAAGCGGCAAGUUGAUAGAUGUCUGUUUAUCGUGUCUGCCUAUGCCCCAACUGAUUGUAGCUCUGACACCGUGAACGACAGGUUUUACGACGCCCUGAAUGCUCUGCUGCGGCGAGCUAAAAGGCCAGACAUUGUGAUGGUUGCCAGAGAUAUGAAUGCGCAAGUGGGCAGGCUCAGUGCAUCUGAGACUCAAUUGGGAGGUCGGCAUGGACUGGAAUCGGUACGUACGAACAAUGGGGAACGAUUGCUUCAGCUGUGUGCUGAUCGCAGGUUGUUUCAUGCAGUACGAACUUCCGAAAUAGCCAAAGUCGUCUGGCCACUUGGUGUCCUCCAACAACAAGCCGGCCACAAACUCAAAUCGACCACAUUGUUAUCAGUUACCGAUGGCGCGGAUCCAUAA